AUGGAUGAUGCGCCUGAUGUAAGUGAGCCAGAGGUUCUUGAUGUUAAAGAACUGGACCAGGAGAAUGAGAAGGAUGAAGAUGAUGCUGGAUUGGACACCAACAAUGACAAUGUCCUAUCCAAGAAACAGACAAAAAAGAACAAUGCAGAUGACUUACUCACCAUCUUUUCAGAAUGUAUCACUGUUAAGUUUUGUAGUCCAGAUGGUGAAGUUGCUACCAAGGUCGGACACUGGUGCUUAGAGUGCAGUAACAAUGCGACCAAGCUUGAUUUGCCUUCAACUCACAACAUUAUGACUCAUGUACACAAUUCCUUUAUCAACUUCUUUUCAAAGCUUAAGUCUGAUGUCCAGGCAUCUCUAGCAUGCACUUUGGGAAUAAUCUGGGUCACUAUUUCAUUGGAUUGUGUGAACAAGCUGGAAUCAUUUCAGGACAAUCAUCUAAGUUUUUCUGUGUUAUCACUGAUAACACCAGCAACAAUGAUACAACCUGUGACAAGAUUGAGUAGAUUCUUCACUGCUGUCACAUCUACUCUUUCAAUACAAUUAAACACCGCCUCCUAUGCCUCGCUCAUGUCAUCAAUCAUCAAAAUUAUCAAUGUAGUGACUACAAUGGCCAUAUGGGAAUUUGAUCCUAUGCUACCUAAUAAUCACGUCCUUGGGGACUUGCUGGAUGUUGUGGCUGUUGUGCAAACUCUUUCUAUCAAGGUUCAGCAGCGAGUGGUUUUAGCACUUCUGCCUUAUCAAGGGUUCAGACUAAGACAAGAUCAAGUAUCAGACUAUAAGGGUGGAGACCUUAUAGAACAGGAUUCAAGGAGAAAACCCAGUAACAAGAGGCUGCGCAGCUAUAUCAAGAAAGGUAACAAAGAUAGGGAAAUAGUACAACCUAUCAAGAUAGCAAAGAUAGUAAUGUCUGAUGGGGGACUGCUGAGGUCCAUCAAUAUGUUUGUGAAGUUAGUGGACAAGCUUUUCAGGCCAGUAAAUACAAUUCAGCAUCCUGGAAGUUCUGCAAAGCAUAUUCCAUGGAAAACAUUCACAAUUGGGUCUGUAGGUUGGGAACACAUUAACGCUACUUGGAACAUCAUCUCCGAUGCCAACAACAUUCAGCAGUAUUUCUUCUCGGAACUACAACCUACCCUCUGGUGA